UUUUCUGUUCCUUCAGCCCCAAAUCCCUAUCCCAAAUUUCCAAGGAAUCAUGGCGCGCUGCUCGCCGCCGCUGCUGCGCCGCUUCUUCUGCUGCGCCGCCAAAUCUGCCUCGGCCACAUCCGCCGCCGCCAGCACCAAGAAGAAGAACAUCGUCUUCUUGGGAUCUCCCCAGGUGGCUGCCUCGGUCCUGGACACGUUGUUGGCCGCGUCCAGCUCCCCCGAUUCCGCAUUCCAGGUCGCUGCCGUCGUGACGCAGCCGCCGGCCGCCAAGAACAGGGGGAGGAAGCUGUUGCCGUCGGCCGUCGCGCAGCUCGCGCUCGAGCGUGGGUUCCCUGGCGACCUCAUCUUCACCCCCGAGCGCGCUGGGGAGGAGUCCUUUCUGUCUGACUUGAAGGGGGUGAGACCAGAACUUUGCGUCACUGCUGCUUACGGGAACAUUUUGCCACAGAGGUUUCUUGAUAUUCCACCGUGCGGUACAAUUAAUAUACACCCAAGUUUGUUGCCUCUAUAUCGCGGUGCAGCUCCUGUGCAGAGGGCAUUGCAGGAUGGUGUUGCAGAAACAGGUGUUUCCCUUGCAUAUACUGUCCGUGCCUUGGAUGCAGGUCCAGUGAUUGCUUGCGAAAGGUUUUCUGUCGAUGAAUUCAUCAAGGCACCAGAGCUGCUUGCUAUACUAUUCAAUAUAGGGUCCAAGCUACUGCUGGAUGAACUACCAUCCGUUCUUGAUGGUUCAGCUAAGCAAAAGGCAAAGCCACAAGAUGACUCCAAAGCUACGCUGGCGCCCAAGAUGAAUUCAGACGAGUCCUGGCUGACAUUUGACGAAGAAGCUAAAGUUCUUCAUAACAAGGUGCGAGCAUUUGCAGGAUGGCCAGGAACCCGCGCAAAAUUGCAACUUCUGAACCAAAAUGGCGAACCCGAUGUUCUAGACAUCAAGGUUAUCAGUACAAAUGUUUCCACGUCAUGUGACAAAGUUGGAGACGAAAACGAAAUACUAUUCUCAGGGAACUCGCUGCUCGUUCCUUGCAGUGGGUCAACUUGGCUUGAGGUCUUGGAGCUUCAGCUACCUGGAAAGAAGGUAACCACGGCUCGGGACUUCUGGAAUGGUUUGCGUGGUCAGAAGCUGUUAAAAUCAACAUAGAGGGAAAUCUGCAUUCAUUUUGCAGCACAUGUGCAAAGGAUGCAAAUGCCAAGACGGCCAUAUGCCGUGCUCGGUUUAGAUGCAUCUUGCAGGGUUAAAGGGCUGUUGACAUUUAUCCUUAGAGAAAUCUGCAGGGGGGCAAAAAGAUGGUCUUAAUUUUUGUAAGGAAAAUUAUUUAGAUUUUGUGCCUUCACUUUUUUUUUUGACAAAUCAAUAAUUUUCCAGAUUGUCAUGCGUGUCUGUAUUAUUUCCAGUUCUAGUAAAAAGACAAUGUUACCUUGAA